AUGAAGAAGCUCUUCUUUUUCAGAUCUUCUGCUUCUAGCAAUGGAAACAACAAUGUUUCUCCAUCAACUGAUAAGCAGAUAUACUGGGAGAACCCAUCAGAAGAUGGCAAUCAAGUUGGUGACAUGGCCGAGAAUAGUUUCCGAAGCCCUAAGGGAUUUUUUUCUAAAUCUCGAAAGCAAGUAACUGAUAUCCAGAACUCUAGUAAAAGUCCAGGUCUUAGAAGGAGCCGGUCAUUAUCAUCAGCAGCCUUUCUUGGAAAUGAGCCAGCACAAAACAAUUUUUCUUCUUCAAGAUAUCAAAGUAGAUCACCAUGCAGUCCUGCAAGUAGCGUUCCUCAUCAACAAUGUGGCCAAUCAUCUUGUUGCAGGACUCUUACUCCGGAGAGGCAUGAGGCUAAACCUUUUGAAGUUCCAGCUGUUCAAAAUAUACAUGGACUAGAGAGGCCAUGUUCUGCCGGCUCCUCUAGAAUUCACCAUGAUUCGUCUGGGAGCUCCUCCACUUGCUCUAGUAAUAUCUCAUCCAAAGUUUUGGACCGUUACAUUGAUGGAGAGCAGGAGGAAAGGGGCAGACAGAAAAACAAUUCUUCCUCUAGAAACUUAUGUGGGAAUGGAAAUGGUGGUGGAUUCCGUCCUCCGCGAGCUCAGUUUACAGCACCUAAUUCACCCAGGGCUCAUUCAUUUAGAGAGGCUAAAAGUUCUCGUUUUCGUUUGUCAUCCAGAGACUGGGCAGAAAAUGGAUUUGGGCAUGAAUCUCCCCGGAGACUUGCAAAGAAUGUUGUUGAGAGGCUCUCACAGUCUCAUAUUAUUCAACCAACACAUGAAAAGGAGUUUGACCAUGAUAUGCCAGUCACCAUCGAGGAUAUAUAUGGUAGAUCAGAUCUGGUUGCCCAGAAAAAUUAUCAUGGGGAUGACUGCUCAAGCUUGCAGAAACUUAUCUAUGGAGAAAAUUGUGACGGUUUAAACACCGAUGAGACUCAAGAAGACAUGGAUGUGGAAUUGGAAAGAAGAUUGAAGGAAGCUGAGGAGAAUGUCAUACUUCUUUCAGAAGAACUUGAACAGGAAAGCUUUUUUAGUGGGUACAAUGUUCAGCAGACACUUAGAAACCUGACUGAUCAGAGGAUAAACUUGGCACUUGAGGUUUCAAACCUCCUACAGUUGCGCAUUGCUGAGAGGGCUUCUGCCAAGAAAGAACUGAGACUGGCAAAGGGAGAACUGGAGUCACGAACCAAAAAACUAGAGAAGGAGAAGAAUGAGUUGCAGUCAGCAUUGGAGAGGGAAUUAGACAGAAGGUCAACUGACUGGUCACUUAAGCUUGAGAAAUAUCAGUUGGAAGAGCAGAGGCUUCGUGAGCGGGUUAGAGAGCUUGCAGAGCAAAAUGUCUCACUUCAAAGAGAAGUUUCUUCCUUUAAUGAGAGAGAAACUGAGAGUAGAAGUGUGAUAACAAAUUCAGAACACCAGCUUAAGGGCCUUACAACAAGGCUGGGGGAAACGAGAGAGGAGAAUCAAGAUUUGCAAAAUAAUCUCUCAGACUUACAGGAGAAGUAUAGAGCAGCAGAGGAAGAUCGUGUUUGCAUCCAUAAAAGUUUUGAAGAGAGGGAUAAGGAGUGCAAGGAUUUGCGGAAGUCCAUUACAAGAUUAUUAAGAACCUGCAAAGAACAAGAGAAGACAAUUGAUGGCUUGCGUGAAGGUUUUGGUGAGGAAUUUAGGAAGAACCAAUCAUUGGAGAGGGUUGAUAAGCAUAUUUCUAAAUUGCAGAUGGAGCAGAUAAGAUUGACAGGAGUAGAGCUGGCCUUGAGAAGGGAGUUGGAAUCUCAUAGGCUUGAAGUUGAUUCUCUUAGGCAUGAGAAUAUACACUUGUUAGACCGGUUGAGAGGCAGUGGGAAAGAAAAUGGUGCUUUAACCUUUAAGCUAGAUAAGGAGAUGUGGACACGGAUCUGCUGCUUGCAAAAUCAAGGGUUAUCGAUCCUAAACGAGAGCUCCCAGUUAUGUUCAAAUUUACUGGAAUUUGCCAGAGGGAAAGCUGGCCAACUUCCAGAAGCUAAGAAUGGUUUAGAUGGGCAGUUUUUUGUUGAAUCUGAAAUGAAAGUUCAGGGCUUAAAGCGUGGAACUGAAAGUUUAGCAAGAAGUUUGCACACCAUGUCUGCUUUGCUGCAUGAAAAAUCCAGUCUGGCCUCUUCAAAAUAUCCAUCUAAGUGCAUUAAUGCUGAUGGCUCUCCAAAUGAUCAAAAUCCAGAGGACGAUAUGAGAUAUGAGCUUAAAGCAGAAACUUUACUAACAAGCCUACUAAGAGAAAAGUUAUAUUCUAAAGAGCUGGAAGUUGAGCAAUUGCAAGCCGAACUUGCAGCAGCUGUAAGAGGAAAUGAUAUUCUCCGAUGUGAAGUUCAAAAUGCAAUGGACAACCUUUCCUGCGUCACCCACAAGUUGAAGGACCUUGAACUGCAGAUGCUUAAGAAGGAUGAGAACAUAAGCCAGCUUCAAAGUGACCUCCAGGCAUCUACGAAAGAAUUAACAGUAACGAGGGGAAUACUGCCAAAAAUUUCAGAGGAGAGAGAUAUGAUGUGGGAGGAGGUGAAGAAAUACAACGAGAAGAACAUGUUACUGAACUCAGAGGUUAAUAUGUUGAAGAAGAAGAUUGAAACCCUCGAUGAAGACAUACUUCUAAAGGAAGGUCAGAUCACAAUCCUGAAAGAUACCAUAGGGAACAAGCCUUUCGACCUUCUAUCCAGUCCCGAUUCUAUGCGAGGUUUUUUGCUUCAAUAA